AAAUGUAAAACAUUUCUUUGCUGAAGUUUGCUGGUAACGGUUAUUACAACACAGACGUACAAACAAAAUAGAGGAAUAAUCAAACGCGCUAUUAACAAUAGAGUGAGUGGGAAACGCGCCAAAUCAAACGUGAAUUGUUACAAUUUUAUUUGUUUCAAUUGUAAAGGAUUAAUUAGUAAUAGACAAAUUACAGUGCAUAAAAGAUAUUUAGCAACAACAACAACAAGCAACGUUAAUAAAAAAACAAAAUGAAGUUACAAAAACUAAAAGCGGUCAUAUUCGUUGUCACUACGAUUUUAAGUGUAUGUCUAGUCAAUGCUCAAUAUCCUCCACAACGACUGGCAAUACCUGGAGCAGCACCUGCACCUGUAGCGCGACCAGUAGUGCGCGUUAGGCGACCAGUGGCAGCAAAAUCUCAAAGCUAUACGCAAAAUAACAUAGCUCCUCGUGUAAUUGAAGAACCUAAACCAGUUACGGAAUCGGGCGAAGACGAAGGACCCGAUGCUUAUUUGCCUCAACUUUUAAGAGAACAACAGUUGGCUCAGGUGCAACAAGCACAAUUUCAACAAACUGCCGCUGCUUUUCUUAACAACGAACAAAAUGCUAUACACGAAACGCCAAUUUCUCAUCUUUUGUCUAAUGAUGAACCUUUGGUUAGCAGUAACCCCUUCUCCACGAGAUUUCCCGAACGACCAUCCCCUCCAACAACACCCAGCGCUAAGCAAGUGUUUAAUGAUUUUGGAAUUGGCUCUAAUAUUAUCAAUAGUCCUCGAUUCAGUCAAGACAGACCACAACAAGCACCACCUCAGGCACCACCACCACAACAACGUGAACGAGUCCAUGUUAUUCGUAACAGACCUACUGAGUUGAGAGAAUCAAGACCACAAUUUGUUGCCCAACCUGCUCCAGUCCAAUCACGUCCUAGACCUAAGCCCAUACAAUCUCGUCCCGCUUUAGAACAAAAUCAAAUACCAUUACAAGAAAGAGAUAGUCAACAAAAUUCCAGACGUCAACGCCCAGUUGCUCAAACCAUAAGAAAAUGGCGUGAAGAAAAUGAAGAUGGCAGCAUUACCUGGGGUUAUGAAAACGAUGAUGGCUCUUUCAAAGAGGAACUUAUUGGCACUGACUGUGUUACAAAAGGUACUUAUGGCUAUGUGGACCCAGAUGGCAACAAACGUGAAUACCAUUAUGAGACCGGUAUCAAAUGUGACCCCAACAAACGCAAUGAGGAGGCAGAGCUUCAGGACAAUGGCUUCAUUAAUUACGAAGAAAACCGUGCUGUUUUACCGAAUGGAAUCGAAAUCGACAUGUCGCAACUUGGCAAGAAGAAAUCAAAAAGACCAGGAGUAAAUUAUAGAAACUAAUCUUCAUUAUAAAACGGGGACUUGAUACGAUUCUGGAGUCAUCAAGUAUCGCCAGUUCCCAAAUAGUUUAUAAGACUUGCAUUACAUAUUAACGUUGUGUAUAUUUUACUUUCAUUAUUUUAGAUUUUAUUAAAAAAAAUAUAAUAAAAUAAGGAAUUUAAA